UGCUGUGUGUUUGUCGUAAAAUUGUUUCUUUUGUUGCUUCUGCUGCUAGAAACAUUCUUUUAACUAUAGUAUUGCUUUCUUUUUACAUCCAAUAAUGUUAAAAAUACCAUUAUUGUAAUAGCAUGUAACGAUGAACAAGAUUCUGCUGAUGUUGAUUUCAAAAGAUUAAAGGGUAAUGGAUCCUGUGAUUGAUUCUGAAUGGCUUGGUUUCAAAAAUGAUCCAAUAGACGAACCCCAAACCUUAGGCAAUGUCGCUCGCAGCUGGCAAUGGAGGGAGAGAGGGAUUGAUCCCCCAAACUCCUCCGCAAACAAAAUGGUUCUUGAAAAUAUUGCUGAAGACAUUCUUGUCAAGAAACCCCUGAAAAUAAGGUGCUGUGAUCUACCUGGCUAUCCCAGAUCUACUUUUCUUAUGGUGUUUAGUCCUGAUGGGACCAAAGUAGCAUCUUCGCACGCUAAUCACAAUGUGUACGUGUCGGACCUCGCCACCGGUAAACACGUGAGGAUAUUGAAGGGUCAUCCUCGCACGCCCUGGUGCAUCGCCUUCCAUCCCUCUCACCCACAACUUAUCGGAUCAGGGUGUCUCGGAGGCCAAGUCAGAGUAUGGGACAUCUCUAGUGGUGGCAGCGAAGUUUGGAAUGUUCGUAAUGAGACUGUGAUAUCUUCCAUUGCGUUUCAUCCCAGCAAGCAGCUGCUAGUGAUAGCUACGUACAAUGAACUUUAUUUCUGGGAUUGGAGUCAGCCCGCACCAUUCACUAAAGUCACUACAAAUUCUGUCAACGAAAAAGUCAGAUAUGUGGCUUUCGACUCGCUGGGUUACAAACUAAUAACCGGCAUAUCGUUGAACGCCUCCGCUUACAACCCAAUCAAUAUGUCCAUCCACCAAAGUAACCCUGCUAAUAACAACGACCAAAACAAUCCAAGGAGGGACGAGUCAGACGAAAACGGUGGGCACGGGAGGAACCAGGACAGCAAUGGUUCAGCACAAGAUCUCAUAGUGAACUCCUAUCAGAACCUAGUGCAGCGUUACGACAGUCUAGUGAGGAAUUAUCAGAGGCUGUUCAUGGUCCGACACCGACUGUCCUCUACUCCUUCACCUCCCAGCACAACUGACCGCGGGACUGACCCGAUGGAAACAGACCCGUCGCCCGAAACGAACAGCUACACGCGAGUGGCUCGAACGUUCUCAGUACCGCCUCGGGAGGACGAUGAAAAUUCUACGACGCGGGAAGAUACCGACCCCCUCGCCGGCGGCGACGGGGAGGCCGGUAGCAGCAGAAUUUUCAAUCUCGACGCUCUGUCUUUCGAUACUUUGUCCGCGAGGGAGCCGGGUACAUCGCGAGACCGAUCGUCGUUUGGCUCGCGACAAUCUGCAUUCCAACCCUUGAACGAUGGCGGCAGGCGCACGUUCCGCACAGUCGACCAGAGGGAGCGGACCUCGAGACUCCUACCUAACCCGUUUUCGUCCACGAACGUUACACCCCGACCCAGUAGGUUCACGUUCACGAGCGGCUCGCUCGACCCGCCGGACGACAACUCCGAGUCCUCGCGGACCCGCGUCUUCCUCUGCCCCACCUACCGCUCCGUCACACCGCCCGAGGUGCUGGAUCUGUCCUCGCAGAGAUCCACCGACAGCCAGCAGGCGACGCUCUCGGCCUUGAACGACAAUCUGACCAACGACACGACGGCCCCCCGCGACACACCCUCGACUUCCGCCGCCGCCGCCCAGCGAGAGACCCCUUCCGCGAACGCUUCUACCCCAAUGUCGGGCCCCGUCGACGCCCAAACUAUCAACGAAAGCUUGGACCUGAUUCGCGAUAUACUGCGCGAUUCGGGGACGAGAUUAUUGAACCUAAUAACGAACAUGUCGCUGUCGACGCUGGCCAACGUCGAGCGCCGGGAGCGGAGCCUGCCGCGCCGGCGGACUAACUCCCGUGCGCAGUCCGACGAGAACGACGUCGGCGACCGCGCGCGGACGACGCGCCCUCGCGUGCGCCUCUUCAGCUCGAGCCUGCGCCAGGAGUUCCUCUCCUCCAGCUCCGAAUCCGACGGCGACCGAUCACCGGAAGUCAAUAUAUUCCGAACUCGGAACACCACGUUCCGGGAAGACGACCCGAGGCGGCCGGCCCGCGCCGCCGAGGUGCCCUACAGGUUAAUGCGGCCGACCGAUAGAUUGGUGAUCGAGCUGGGGGAGCCCGAGUCGACCGCCACCGACCGGCCGGAGGGCGUCAGCGUUACCGCAAACGGGAGCCGCUUCCGAGUGCGCUCCCAGAGCAACGGGCCCGACGCGGAGCCCGGGGCGGCGACGCGCGACGGCUCGGUCGACGCGGAGCGAAGAAACGAAAGUAACCCCGAGAUCGAUCUCGACCGACCCUCGACGAGUAGGGACAAUUUAUGGGUCGGCGGCGUGGUGUUUCCGCCGGACGAGGCCUACAGAAAGGUGAGGGAGGGGGUGAACGCAUUACAGAAGCAUACCACGCAGCUAACGAAUUUGUGGCUUCGCGGUAGCAGGAUCACCAUGCGCGAGCUCCGCAACAUGUGGGAGAACUUGCGGCGACGCAUACUGAUGCUCCACAGGGAGCCCGGACGGCGGGACGUCCCCACCUAUUUCACUAGAUCCCUCCUGGAGCGGUGCAUGAUGCUGUCGGACAUGACCGAUCAAAUAUCGCGCGGCUCCAGCAGGACCUCGAGAAUAAACUCGAGAAAUAGAGAUGCCGCUCGGGACACCGAAAACGGUCCCGAAGUCAAUAUGACCUCCCGAAGCGACGGCGCCGUAGACGACAGCGAGCCCGGUCCAUCCACGGGAGGUGCCGACGAAACGUCUCGCGAGAGGCCCCCGACACAGAGGUCGCCGCAGGCGAGACCCUCCGCCGUACUACGAUCCACUCUCGCUCAGAGAAGACGACCGUCCGGCUUCAGAUUGAGACUGGAGGAGGAGUUCAGACGAAGGUCGCGCAACUCCGUCGCGACUAGACUAUCACAGAGAUACUCGACGAGACCGAGAAGGGAGAUCGUUCGAGCCGUGGAAAUAAGCGCCACACGACACGAAAUCCGCAUGCGCGCCAUGCAGGUGCUAUCGGUGAUGUUCAAUAUGAUGAUGAUGUGCUUAGAGGAGAGGGGAUUGAGCCAGCUGAUAAUAAAUAUGCUGCGAAUUUUGAAGAAGGCGCUGGCCCUGACGUGCUUGAUGUUGAUGACCAACAGGCCCGGACGAGCCGGCGACGCCUCCUCGCCGCAGCGAGUGGACCCGGCGAACGUCAUUCGCCUCGAAAACAUAGACAACUCGGAGCCGAUCAACGUGGACGGCCCCGACGAACCCCCCCAUAAUCUUAUUCUUAACGAAACCGAGGACAGGCGCUCGCAAAGAGAUGCGGACAAAGCGAAACAUUCCAAGCGCGAUUCGCCGUCUGACGUGAAACCCUCGACGUCCAACGCCACCAGCUCCACGGAGCCGACGCCGAGCACCUCGAGCGCUACUACCACCCAGAGGUGGAGUAAUCGCUUGGCCGUACAAAUAGCGGCCGCGAACAGAAACAACUCUGCGACCGCGAGGAAUAGGAGGGAGUUGUACAUGGAGAGCAAAAGACUAAAGGCGCUACAUAGAACGAAUCCCGCGGCUCAUCCGCUGGCAAAGAGGAAAGUUUUACCGCCGGUUUCCACCUACAGAAUUCCCGCUCUGCGUUGGGCGUCAAAAAAGUCGGUCCAUAUUGCGCAGUCUACUCCGAGAGCCCCACCGAAUCCCGACGAGCCCGUGGCCGGCCCCUCGGGCGCCAACUCCACCGACUGCCCCAGGAGACAGAACCACGAUGUACACAACUUCGAAUACAGAAUAAAUUUAAUAAGAAUGGCGCACAUGCAGGCCGUCAGAUUACGGAACGCGGCCAGAAACAGGUUUCGACGCCUGCAAACGAUACGCUUGUAUACGCCCUCGUCCGUGCGGGAGAUGUUCACUCUCCAACCCAACGGGGACGACCAGCAGGAGAAUCGGUCCAACCUCCAAAAUGGCCCGGAGACGAGCAACCGAAGGUCUCUAUUUUACGAGUACACUACCGCGUCCCACGUGCUGUCGAGAGAUCGCGUGUUCCAUCGAGGCUCGACGAGAAACGCCGAGGGCUCCGGUCAGUUCCAAGCGGUCAUCGGCAGUGCUAGCGCGCCCCUAUUGCCGGGCGAGGUACCGACGGCCAACUCCGAGAAUCGAGCGAAUCAGCCCCCCAGGCGGCCGCGUAUUCACGAUUACCUCCAGCCGAUCAUACUCGCGCAGAACGCUAUGGUGGUGGACGAGGAGGGCGGUGCGGAAGGGGGCGGGGCCGGCGGCGGCGGGAGCGGUGGGGGCGGAGGAGGGGGCGCGGCGCGGCGGCUCGGCGGUAUGGCGGGACUGCUCGACGCCGGCAUCAUCUCCGAGGCCCUCCCGCCGCUGUCGCACCGGAUACAGGCCUGGAACUUCGCGCCCGGCCUCCCACCUGAUAUUUCUGACAGUACAAAGAACAUAGUGGUCCAGAAAUGCAGAAUACAUAAUGAUGCUAGCAUUGACAUAUCGAAAGACGGCAGAUUGCUUGUGGCUCUACUACCUGUACCGAGACUAAGAAAUACCAAUCAUUGGUUAGGUGUUUACUCCCUGGAGUGGUCGCGGCUGGGUCAGUGCCUGCACACGGCGGCGUUCGAGCACAGCGCGGUCUCGGUGGCGCUGUCGCCGACCGCCCGCCACCUCGCCGUGGGGCUCGGCGCGCGCCGGUUCAGCUCGGCGCCGGCUAGGACCAACCUCUUCGCUCUGCUGUACCGCCUGGAUCCACUGGAGAGUUCGAGUCGCACAGGCUUAUCGCCGAUUAAGGAGUUGGAGCAGACUUGGGAGCACGGCUUCACCAGCCUCAACUGCCUGCGCUGGGCGCCGCAGCCGGGCCAGGGGCUCGUGUACGCCGAUAACACGGGACAACUCAUCAUCAUGAGCUAAAUGACGACUGAUUCAGUUGAGAUAAGACUCGAAGCGACUACUCGACGCCCGCAGAAAUUCGGCGAUUGACCUAUCGUUGCUCGUGUCUUUCACUCACGCGCAAACAUUUAGUUAGGUAUGAGUUAUGACGUUUCGACUGGUAUAUAGCAUAGUGUGAUAACUAUAUUUUCUCGUGUGAAUAGAAGAAGUAGUAGUGGGUCGAUGGCCGAAUUAUCUGUCUUCGGUGACCGGGUUAUAGUAUAAUAUGACUCCGUACGAAUUAACUGCAAACCUUCUACUAUGAAGUCACUUUGACGAUACCAGAGAGUCACAUUCCAUUGAGGCCCACUUCCGCCAGUCUGGGUUAAAGUUAAUCGUACGUUGUCUUUAUGGUCCCUCUCAUUUACAAAAUAGAAGGAAUGAUAUUUUAACAGAGUUAAUUCACGCUGGCCCAAGUGGGCCUAAGGUGAACAGUUAAAUCGUACGUUUUAUGCGUAUCGAUCGUCAGCGUGCGUCUUUUAUGAGUAGUGUGUACAUGAAAUUGCACUUUUGGUCACGUGGCUAGCUUUUUUAUAAAAAUGUUUUAAUUCAGCAAUCCUAUAAAUAAGGUCGAUAAGAGAUGGCGAUGCAUUUAAAACCCGACGAUUUUUAUCAACUUGUUUUAAAAGUAGACACUUUUCGAACGG